UGUGACAGAUCUGAUGACUCAGUUCCAUCUUCUCUGUGUUCUUCAAGAGUCGGAAAACUAGUUAGCGACCCUCCGCGCAUCUUGACAGUUUGGGAAGUAAUGAACCAUGUUCAGCUUCAUGCUUUUUUCUACACUGUUCUCUCUUUCAGUUACUGAACCUGAGAACCACCACUGGUUCUGCAACACCUCUGAUACAAUUAUGUACUACAGCUACUGUGAUAACAUGAAAGUCCCUAUUUCAAUGACUGUGAAGCCCUGUAUAACGUUGAAGGGAACCAAAGGAUUAGUAUAUGUUUAUUACAUUCCAAGGCAAGACUUGAGCAAAUUGUAUUUAAAUCUCUACGUCACUGUCAACUCCGUGGAUCUGCCCAUGCGUAAACAAGUGCUAUGCCAAGGAUCUAGUGAUGUGUAUUCUUUAUGCAGAGCUAUGAAGGGAGAGACUUUGAAUAUAACAGUACCAUUUUCCUUCAAAGGAAUACGAUUUCCUAAGGGACAUUACAGAUGUGUUGUAGAAGGCAUAGCUGGGAGUGCUGAAGAAAUGAUCUUUUGUUUGAAUUUUACCAUCAUAUACCAUCCACAUAUCAACUAGAAUAAAUGGGUCAUACUUUUGUUUUUCAAA